AGUGAGAAAAAGGGGGACAACUUGAGAGGAAGAGACCAAAGCAGCAACUUGCCACCGCGACGAAGCGCUGGGCCGCCGACUUCUUCCCGCUGUCACCCCCACCGCAUUUUAGGUAAGCUGCAGUAGACAAGCAGAGGAGAUUUGAGCUUUGAAAAAGAAAGUCUUGAGUGCGCCGCCUUUGAGUGGUGUUGAAGGAAAUUAACCGCGGCGGGGAAUCAUCGGAAACUUACAGGUUGCUUGAAUCACAAGGAGAAAACACAAAAGAGAAGAAGAAUGGUAUUAUCAAACAAGAAGCUAAAGCAAAAGUUGAGAGCUGCAAAAGCUGAACUUAUUGCAGCAUCAGAGGCUCAGCAUAACUUGACUGACAAGGGUUCUGGGAAUCUCAGAGAUCCAGAGUCAAAAGCCUCAGAUCCUCUGAAGAUCCUCUCUGAGGCACAAAGGACCAAGUUGUCAAAAAGACAAAAACGAAGAGAAAGAGCAGAGCAAAGGAGCUCAGAGAUUAGUAAACAUAGAGAUAUGGGGGAUGAUGCGGAGGGAAAGACCGAAGAUGGAUUGAGGUCAGAUGAUGCCGAUGUUAAAAAGAAGAAAAGGAAGAGAGAUGAAAGUGAGGCAUCAGAGAAUGUGAAAGAGAAGAAGCAAGAGCAAUUAAACAAAAAGAAGAAAGCUAAAAAUAAAAGGAAAGCUAAGAAGAAGGCUGGAAAAAGGCAACUCAAGGAGGAAGUGCGUGAGCAGAAUGGGAGUGAAGUUAGUGCAGAACAACUUGUUGCAAAGGCAUGUACAAGCACUGAGAGCAGAAGAGAAGUGGAGCUAUCUUCAAAAGUAUAUGUUGGAGGCAUUCCAUACUACUCCACUGAGGAUGAUAUUAGGAGUUAUUUUGAAGGUUGUGGUACCAUUACUAAUGUUGAUUGUAUGAAGUUCCCAGAUACUGGGAAAUUCAGAGGAAUUGCUAUAAUGACUUUCAAGACUGAAGCAGCAGCUAAAAGAGCAUUGGCCCUUGAUGGUUCUGACAUGGGUGGACUGUUUCUCAAAAUCCAGCCUUUCAAGUCAGCUAAAGUGAACAAAGUGCCCAACUUUUCACCGGUAGUACUAGAGGGUUACAAUAGAAUCUACGUCGGAAAUUUGUCAUGGGAUGUAACUGAGGAUGAUUUGAGGAAACUUUUCUCUGAUUGCACUAUUACUUCGAUCCGAUUUGGCGAAGACAAGGAGACGGGGGAAUUCAAGGGAUAUGGCCAUGUGGAUUUUGCGGAUAAUCUUUCCUUGAACAUGGCUCUGAAACUGGAUCAAAGCAUUGUCUGCGGCAGACCUGUUAGAAUAAGCUGUGCCAUUGCAAAAAAAGGAACUAUUACCAAGCUAAAAUCGAUGCCAAAAGAUAAUGGAGUUGACAGUGGCAAGGCUAAUCCAGCUAGUAAAGUUGAAGAAAAUUCCAGCGGUGAGGUUGAUGCAGUUGGUAAAGAUCAAGAAAAUGGCAGCAGUAAGGUUAGUGCAGUUGGUGGUGAUCAAGAAAGUAGCUGUGUGGUAGCUGUCAGUUCAAAAAUAAGGAGGCGCACAUGUUACGAGUGCGGGGAAAAAGGCCACCUUUCAUCAUCUUGCCCGAAGAAACAAGCUGCUGAUUUGGCAAAUACUGUUGCAACAUAACUUUAUAUGGAAAUUGUUGAUCAUUUGAUAUGGUGUUUGAUAUAUCAAAAGGUGAAGCAAUUCGUUUGCUUCACCUCCAAAAGGAGAAUUCUUCAUUUUGUUAACAAUCUCAAUUCUCAUUAUUUAAGUCCAGUUGCAAGUGUGAGUCACUGAAUCCCGAUGAAUAUUUGCUGUUUCAUCAAGAAUUGAAGGAUAUUCAGCCUGGAUAAAAAUGGAUCAAUGUGUUUUAGUAGAAAACAAUGGCAAAUCAAACUUCAAAUCAAGAACGGGUAAGACUGCUCAACUUUACAAUGUAAAUCAGAUGUACAAGCUGGUAGCCUGAGCUACCAGCUUGCGUUAUGAAGCUCAUAUCCUGUGACCCUUAUCAAUGUACUAAAUCAACAGGUGAAGAAGGAAUGAAGUCGAAAUCUUUUCAAUAUUUCUAAGAAAUAUCCUACUACAUUAUUGGAAAAGAAAUUAGAACUUCUCCGUAAGGUGGCAAACAGCAAGUGAGUUUAUCAGCCCAAGACUACAGCCAAGCGCAGGCACAGGGCACCCGAGAAAAGCAUAAGAGACCAAAUAAGUUUUGAUGUUCUUAGUAUCUUCAGCUGCACUACAAAAACUCCACAUAAUCUCAAAAUAUCAUCUUCUGGGAUCAAGCAAGAAGCACUGCCAAAUUCUUGGACUUGAAGCUUGAUUACAACUCGAAAUUCAAUCUACUCAAUCAAU